GUAUUCGUUUAAAUGUCUAUAUAACAUAUGAUCUGCUAUAAAGCCCUCUGACACUCUUGCCACCCCUCAACUUUUAGGCACAGAUAAAAAGAGCUUUGAGACAUGGCCAUGACAAUUUUUACUCUCCUCAUUCUCGUGCUGGCCGCACCGGCGGUGGUCUACGGAGCACAGCACGUAGUUGGUGGCAGCGCUGGUUGGAGUCAGACAACCGAUUACAGCACCUGGCUAGCCGGUGAAACAUUUACAGUUGGUGACACUCUUGUGUUCAACUACGACAGCACCCACAAAGUGGAUGAAGUACGUCAAAGUGACUACACAAACUGCAACUCUGGCAAUGCCAUUGCAUCCCACCAAGGCGGAAGCACAACAAUCAACCUAUCCUCGCCAGGCUACAAGUACUUCAUAUGCCCCACAAGCGGUCACUGCGCUUUGGGCAUGAAGCUAGCAGUCAAUGUGGUGGCAGCUAGCACCACCCCAUCACCUCCCCCCGGCUCAACUACUCCCUCAGACAGCACUCCGCCCUCCACCACCGUUUCACCUCCUCCUCCUCCUAGUGGAGCCACCAUUAUUUCUUAUACCAUGAACAAUAUGAUGUUUGUGUCUUUGCUCGUGUCGGCAACCAUGUUUGCAUUCAUGGGCUAGCUAGCUAGGCGAGAGGCAGUGCUAUUAUAUUCCUAUAGUGUUCCUGUUGGUUUGUUGAAUUGCUGUCGAUCUAAUGUUGAGUGAAAAAUUUCAUGUACUUUCCUAAUAUGUUAUCUCACUUGAAAUUCACUUA